CACAUUUUAGCUUCUGAUGUAAUGCUAUAAACCUACAAAAUAUAAUUCAAAUAUAUCGUUUUCAAAUUUUAUACCCUCUUCUUCUUGACGACUUCUGACGUUCAUUACCAACGUUCCUUCACGCACUGUGUAAGAACCCAUUGUGGGCCUCGCACGUCCGGAAACGCUAGAGCAGACGACCAAGUCUCAGGUUACAAGAUGGCGCGAGGCAGAGGGGAGCGAGCUUGUGUGGGAUGCUGACGUGACCAAGUUUGACGCGGCAAAAUGUCCUGUCUCUUCUACGUGCAAGCUGUUCUACUUUGUCUGUGUGUCGUGCAAGCGAAACCCAACAUAGAUUAUGUGAGUCCUAAGAAUAUUCUUGUGUUCGGUGGGAAUGGUUUCUUGGGCUCUGCCACGGUGGAGACUUUGUUGGAGGCUGAUCACGUGAUUACUAUAGUAAACAGAGGUAACUGGUACUGGGAUUCCGUGUUCACCAUCAAGCCUCGCGUACAACAUAUCUCUUGUGACCGAGGGGUGACCCUACGUAAAUGUGACGGCCUUGUCGAACUGGUUGGGAAGAAAUCAUUUGAUGUCGUGGUGGAUUUCAGUGGAUAUCACCCGUUUGCUGUAACAGAGGCGGUGGAUUUACUAAAAGAUAAUUUAAGCUUAUAUAUUUACAUUAGUUCUGAUUCCGUGUAUGAGGUUUGUGAAAAGAGUCAUUCAGAACCUUCCCGUGAAACUGACGACGUGCGACCGAAUUCCGAAGAAGUGCGGAAUGCGCUGGCGGAAAAAGAUGAUUAUGGGCAUCGGAAGUUGCAAUGCGAGGAAGAACUCGAAAAGCAGCGCCAAAACGGUGGAUUCCCGUAUGUUUCAUUACGUCUCCCUGACGUCAUAGGACCACGCGACAAUACCUACCGUUGGUGGAUUUAUCAAAUGUGGAUAAAAUUGUCAAAAUAUCUUGAAAAACCAGUAUCCGUCCCAGCAAGAUUUCUUAACAAGCCGAUCAGUUUAGUCUAUUCGCAAGACGUCGCUCGGUUUAUCGGAUUGUUGUUGCAACCUAAUCCGGAAUGGCUGGAUCAAGCAUACAACCUGGCUUUCAAAGAGACACCAUCUUUACUUGACGUUCUGACGGACAUGAAAAUGGCGCUGAACAUGACGGAUCUAACGAUAAAGACCCACACGGGUGAGGACGCCAUGUAUCUGUUCCCCUCCGUGCGACAGGGUCCGGUUGACAUUUCCAAGGCCGUGGACGUCCUGGGCUGGGAUCCCACCCCCUGGGAGGAGGCUGUGUUGGAGACGGUGGACUUCUAUGAGAGUGCAGUCACGCACAACGAUUUUGACGUUCCCAGGAAGGAUAUCAUACGAACCAUGCAGAGCUAUUUCACAAGCCGCCCCUUUAAAGUGUUGGUGGGCUUGAGGAGGGAGUAUGGGUUACAUUACCAAGGUCCAAACUUAAAAAAAGAUGAACUGUGAUACACCAAAGUGAUGUCAAACAUGAAUGUACACGAAGGUUAUGCGUUUAUUGUGAUGUCUCAUAUUUUAUUGUGAAGUUGACAUAUCAGAUAUAAUGAUGUUCUUGUAAAUACGUAUUUUUCUAUUGUGAAUAAAUCAGAACUUUCGUAUUAAGGAGAAAAAAG